AUGUUUUGGUUUAUAACCAUAGGAUUACUUUUAUUAAUCCAUACAUCUUUAGGAUGUAGUCCACCUUCAUUUUCAAGUUUAUCUGUUGAACAAAAUUUCAAUUUAUACAAAUUUCUUGGUUUUUGGUACGAAAUAAAUUUUUAUGAGGCCGGUGUGGAUCCAGCUGAAUCAUAUACAGAUUUUAUUCAAUUAUUUCAAUUAGAAAAUGAUGUUACUAAGCAUCUUCUCGCUUUCUCUAAAGCAAGAGCACCUAAUCAACCAAAUUGUUUGUCACCUACUACAUGGUCAAUUUAUGCAAAUAAUGGUGCAAAAAUGAUUUUUGAAAAACUAGAUGUUACUAGUACAACAAUUCUGAAUCAACCUUUAUAUGUAUUAAAAACUGAUUAUGAUCAUUAUGCAUUAACUUAUAGAUGUCUAACACCAAAUUAUAAUUUAAAUCAACCAUGUCAACAGCGGGCAUUAAACUUAUAUAGUCGAAAACCAUUUUUAGAAAGAAAAUAUUUAGUUCAACUUGAACGUUAUAUUCUAAAUGUCUUAUGCUUUAAUUCAACUGAUAUUAUAAGAACUCCAUUUCGCAGACCAUUUUGUUAUCCAAUAGAUGGGUCAGGCCGUCAUUCACAUGGCGACUAA